UGAAUAUCGUCUCCGAGUGCAACUGGAAGCUAUUAAUUUCCUCUGAAAAUGUCCAGAAUGCUGUCACUGAAAGCCUUUCUCAGCGAGAGACUGACAGCAGCAGCGGAGGAGAUAUUUGGAGCUGUUGAAAAGACAAUAGCCGAGUACAAAGAGGAGAUUGCUCGUUCAAAAGAUUUAGAAAUCAGUCGUCUCAGGAUGCAGCUGAAGCUCCUCAAGUCAGACACCCGGGCAGAUAGAUGUCUUGGAACCCAGCUGCAGCAGCACACCCAUCACCACCACCACCAUCAUCCUCCUCCUCCUCCUCAGCAGCAUCAACACCAUCAGUCAGUUCCUGCAGUGGAGGCCCCUGAGUCCCAGCACUGUGAGGAGGAUGAGGGCAGCAGCAUGGAACAGGAGCAUCCGGAGCCCUCACAGGUCAAGAAGGAGCAGCAGAAGAGCCACAGGGAUUUCUGGAUGGGUCACGAUGCAGAGCAACUUGAAAGCCUUGAGUCAGACAUCAAAGACUUCAUCUCAUCUCCUUCCAGUCUUAAAACUGGUCUGCAGGACCCCACAUUACCCUUCCACCCCUACCACCACCACAAUAACAAUAACAACAACACCACCACCGGUGAGGAGGGUAAAGAAAAACCCUACAGCUGCUCGGUUUGCGAAAAGCGCUUCAGUAACUGUUCCCACCUCGCAGCUCAUAUCAGGACACACACAGGGGAGAGGCCAUACAGAUGUGAGAUAUGCAGGAAGACUUUUAUCACAACGAGCGCCCUGAACAGACACCAGACCAUCCACACCGAGGGGAAACACUUUGUGUGUAAUUAUUGUGGUAAAUCCUUUAAAUGGAUGGAGUCUCUUGGCAGACACAUGAGAAGUGUUCACAAGAGAGAAAACAUGCCCAUAUGACACUCUGUAGACAGACAUUGAAACCACACUUGUCCAAUAGAUUAGAUAUGUUAUUAUAUAUUAGUUAUCUAUGACUUAAUUGUAUAACACCCACUAGGUGCAAACAAAGAAUGUAAUGUCUGUUUUCUGUGUUUAGUUGUGAAUUAUGUUAAUGUGCAUGGACCUAACAAAGCCUUGUGUACAUAACACACUAGCUGCACUAAAUUAUGAGCAAAUAAGCUGUAAGAGAAAACUCACGUAAUGUUUUUUUUUAAAACUAAUUAUGGU